GCCCACCAUGCCACCCAAAGCACUCGUGUUUGGAGGUGGCAGUAUUGGUGCAAUAUCAACAUAUCUCCUCUCCAAAUCAAUUCCUCCAUCACACCUCGUCGCCCUCUGCCGAUCAAACUAUCGCGUAGUCGCAGAACAUGGCUUCAACAUCAACUCCAGAGUCUGGGGUCCCAAUCUCAAUGUUCGACCAACUGUAGCCAGGUCUAUGGAUGAAGCGAUCCAAAAGACCCCGGGGGGCUUCGACUAUAUUCUCUUGACAACCAAGGCUCUCUCCUCCACAACCCAAUUUCCGAGUUCAAUCAAGCCUCUCGUCUCACCUCAUACGGCCAUUGUUUUGAUGCAAAAUGGAAUCUCCAUCGAGGAACCAUAUUUAACCAUCUUUCCUAAUAACCCAAUCUUGAGCGCCGCGAUUUACAUCACCUGCACUCAGACCAAACCCGGAAUCUUUGACCACGUCGUGCUCAAAAACAUUCAUCUGGGAACUUAUCCUGCGACUGCGCCAGACGAGCACAAAGCAUCAGCAGAUCAGCUAGUGAAGAUGCUCAACCACGGUGGUGCAGACGCCACCCAUGAACCUGACAUUCAGGUCGAGCGUUGGCGAAAGCUUCUCAUCAACGCGUCCGAUAACCCCAUUUGCGCCCUUGGUCGACUACGUGAUGCCACCUUCCUCACCAUACCCGGUGCAAUUUCCUUCAUGCGCGAUGUGAUGCAUGAGAUCGCCCUUGUGGCGCGGUCUGUUGGAUAUCAUGCCGUAGAUGAAAAGAUUGUUGAUCAACAGAUGGCAUUACUCACGGCACGGGAAAUGCCUGGUGUAGAACCCAGUAUGAUGGCUGAUGCGAUUGCCUCGAGACAGAUGGAGGUGGAAUGUAUUCUGGGGAAUACAGUUCGCAUUGCUCAUGAUCAUGGGGUGAAGGUGCCGAGAUUGGAGACAUUAUAUUAUCUUGCAAGUGCGUUGAAUCGCAGUUUCCAAUCAAAUCAAUAGGAGGAGACCAAAAUUCUGUGUCAGGUAAUUCAAACCAACGACUAGAUCUACC